CUAACUGGUCGCUUUAUUACCAGCGUUGAUGCCGAUAACAUCCGUCAUCAGCACGAGGAACAGCUAGCGGCUGAGGAGCUCAAGCAGCAGCGUUCUCAACUACAAAGCGGGCGGUUGUUAUUGAUCCAAGAAGUUAAUAAAUUGCAGUCACAAUGGCGGGCGGAAAAGAAAUCCCGGAUAGAUCAAGGACAAGAAAGACUAACUUGGAAACAGUGGCUUAGUGAGACCGGCAAAGACCUCGAAUUCAUUUCCCUCGAGACCAGCAAAAGGCGAUAUAAUGAGCUAUUAAAUCAGAAGGCUGAUGGCUUUAUGAUAGAUACCCAGCCGGAUCCUAGCUUCGCAGCCGAAGUCAGGGCAGCCUGCCGUACCGCAAGACCGAUCCUAGCGAUGAGGAUCCCCAACAGCGAUGACACUGUCACUUUCACGAGCUUUGGCCCUUUCCACGACCAAGACGAUGACCCUCACGAGGAAGAAGAAGAUGAUGAAGGCAUCGUAACGCAAGAAACACCACGAUGGAUGAGAUCGUCACCGCCUUUGGGGUCUGACGAUGCCCUCGAAGAGACCAUAUUCGAGACCCCGUGCCCGUCACAGCCGCCCCCCGCAGCGCUGGCCCCCCAGCCACCGCGGCAGCUGUGGAAGCAAAUUGAGAAGGAGCUUAAGGAAUUCCGUAUCAAACGGGCCAGAAAAGAGCAAUCGGGCGAUCAUGAUACUAUGAGAAACCCACAGUAA